UAUAAAAUGUGUUCUUUAAUAUGAUUCUUAAUCAUGUUCUCUCUAUAUAGUAUUGUAGGGCUUGCAGGAAGGGCUUUAUGUGUGAGGGAGCUCUAGGUGGCCACAUGAGAACUCAUGGCAUUGUUGGAGAUGAGAGUGCAUACACUGAGGACGGAGACGACGAUGACGACACCGAGAUAACAGACAACAAGAGGACGACGAUGUACGCGUUAAGGGCAAACCCUAACCAUGGGUCGAAAAAGAGCGCGAUUAGAAUCUGCGAGCAUUGUGGACGCGAAUUCUUUUGCUGGAAGUCUUUCCUAGAGCACGGGGAAUGCACCCAAAGAGAACAUUAUGGAAGCUUGUCGAAGCGGAAGAGGUCAACGAGGAAAAGAGUGGGUGAUAAUGAGGAAAAAAAAGACGACAUUGUUGUUGCGAGAUGGUUGGUGGAUUUGGCAAAUAAUAGGGUGGAGGGGUCGCCUUUUUCAUCGUCAUCAUGCGCUUCCACUAGUAAGGAGGAUGAGGAGGAGGAGUUCACGGUGGCGACUCGCCGCCUCCGCGGAGAUGGUUUGGUCGCCGUUCCCAAUAAGAACAAUGUGUUUUCUAAGAAGACAACUUUUGAGUGCAAAACAUGCAACAAAGUGUUCACAUCUCAUCAAGCUUUAGGUGGGCAUAGGGCUAGUCACAAGAAGGUUAAAGGAUGUUAUGCAACCAAAAAAGAAGAAAUUAUUUUGGACGACGACAACAACAACAAUAAGAGUGUCAAUUAUACUAGGGGACACGAGUGUUCUAUAUGUCACAAAGUUUUCCCAACAGGACAAGCCCUUGGAGGGCACAAAAGGUGCCAUUGGAUCACACCCAAUCAUCAUCAUCACAGGAAUCAUCAAACCAUGUUUACGAACCGGCCCGUGGAUCAUCAUCGUUUAGACGACACCAUUGAUCUCAACCGAGCUCCUGCAGCUGCGCAAGUUGACGAUAAUUCUUAUUAUUAUGGGCAUGCAAAUGAUGAUGUUUCUACAGAGAUUCAUCUGCAACAUUGGCAAUGUGUGAAUAAUAAGAGUUUUGAUGAAGAGAAGAAGAAGAAGGAUCCGGUGUCGUCCAUUAAUGGUGAUGGUGAAACAGAAAAGGAGUUGAAGAAGUUUGCAGAGGCCUCCGGGAGGAUUCCAUUGAUUACUAGGGCCGAAGGAGACUGCUUUGAUCAUGCCGAAACCCAAGAGGAAGCCCACUUGGCCUCAAUUUCAUCAGCAAGGAAGAAAUCAAGUCAAUUGACUAAGAGGGUAGUCUUUGGUCUAGGCAUUGGGGGUACUGCUGGAGGUGUGGUAUUAGCUGGAGGAUGGGUUUUUACACUGGCCCUUUCUGCUGCUGUGUUUGUGGGCGCUAGAGAGUACUUUGAAUUGGUUAGAAGUCACGACAAUGCCACUGGAAUGACCCCACUGUCCCUAAAUGUGUCGCGGCUUGUCUCUGUGAUGUGCGCCCUUAUGCCAGCACUUACUUUAUACUUGGGACAAACCGAUGUUUCAGUUAUUUCUGCAGCCUUUGUUGUUUCUGUGACGUUGCUUUUGCAAAGGGAAAUCCCUCAUUUCCACCAGCUUACUAGUGCCAUAUUUGGGCUGUUCUAUUGUGGCUAUCUUCCUUGUUUCUGGGUUAAGUUGAGAUGCAGUUUAGCAGUCCCAGCCCUAAACACACGAAUAGCAGAAGCCUGGCCAGCCAUAUUCGGAGGACGAACUCUGUGGACGGUGGGUCUAGUGGCGUCCUUGAUCUCUUUCAGCAGUAUCAUUGCAGCUGACACAUUCGCAUUUUUUGGCGGGAAGGCUUUCGGUAGGACACAACUCACAGAAAUCAGCCCAAAGAAAACUUGGGAGGGGGCAUUAGCAGGGCUGGCUGGCUGUGUAGCCACCACUGUACUUUUGUCAAAGUUACUAUGCUGGCCCAACUCUAUGCUUAGAGUCUUCUUUGUUUCCUUCAGUGGUGUGGCUUUUGGGGUUGUGAACUUUCUUGGAUCAAUUUUUGGCGACCUUACGGAGUCCAUGAUCAAACGCGAUGCUUGUGUAAAAGAUUCGGGAUCCCUCAUUCCGGGACAUGGAGGAAUACUGGACAGAGUGGACAGCUAUAUAUUCACCGGUGGCCUCGCUUACUCGUUUGUGAAAAUAUGUUUGUCAACCUAUGGUGUUUGAUCAGAGGGUCACGCUACACUCAGAGCACAGAUGACACCAAAGUUGACACUGCCAGUGUUUCGCGUGAAAUGGUAAAAAUGACAUCUCUAGAGUUAUUAAUGUACCAUUUUCUUUUAUCAAAUAAUACUAUUUGCUCUAAAGUUUAGAUAUAUAAGUGCAUAAUUCUUUCAUUAAUGCUUGUAAAAAAAAGAUGAAUGAAUCAAACCCAAGGUUUUUAGAGACAGUGCUUUUUUGAAAGCGAUAAUAGAAGAACUGAAAAAAGGACUGGAAAUUAU